UCCAGGAGGUGGGGUUAGUGGCAGUGACACAUCAUAGAGUGGCUUCCAGGUCCCGGUUUGCUCUCUCCGCUUGACCAUUAGUCUGUGGAUGAAAACCAGAGGAUAAAUGGAAAGUGUCUCCCAGGGUUAGGCAAAAUGCUUUCCAGACAUGAGAAAUGAACUGUGGAUCUCUGUCUGAGACUGUUGUCCAAUGGGAUACCAUGGAGAACACAUGAUUAACCAGCAGGUCAGCAGUUUCUUUGCCUGUGGGAAGCUUGGGAAGGGCCGUGAAGAGGACUGCCUUGGAAAAACGAUCAACAGUCGUAAGAAUCAGAGUGUUACCUUGUGAAGGAGGCAACCCAGUUACAAAGUCGAGAGCUUUGUGGGACCAGGGAUGACCAGGAAUUGGGAGUGGAUGUAGUAGAUCAGCGGGAGGGUGAUGAGAGACUUUACCUUGAGCACAGAUGGAGCAAGCAGUGACAUACUCACAGGAGUGAGCUCCCAUGAUGGGCCACCAAAAGUGUCUUUUAAAGGGGACUCUGGGUGCGGUCAAUACCAGGAUGGCAGGUGAACUGGGAAGUGUGUGCCCAUUGCAGAACCUGAGAGUGGACAGAAUCAGGAACAAAGAGUUGGUUAGGAGGUCCGUUAGUUCUCUGGUUAGGAGGGCUUCUCUCACCACUGAUUCAAUCUCCCAAGUCACUGCUGUCACAACACAGGUCGGAUGCAGGAUGGUGUCUGGAGUGGAUGGAAUUUCCUCAGAUGUGUGCUGCCAGAAAAGAGCAUCUGGCUUGAUGUUACUGGAUGUGAUGUCAGAGUCUAUGGGCCGUUGUUCCUCUGUCUCCUCCAUCUCUUCCAUCUCUCUGGUGGAGAUCAAAGUUGAGACUCGUCUAGUCCUCCAAGCUUUCCUCCAUCGAACCCUUUCCAUCCCUCUGACAGAGAGGCCUGGCAGAGUAGGAGGUGGUUACAGGGAUCACAGCGAGUACAGCUCCAACCUACAGCCAAAUACAAAGGAUGGUUGGGAUCCUCAGGCUGAAGAUGUCAGUUCAGCAGAUGAGAAGAAGACUGGAUUCAAGGACUUCAUAAAGCAGCUACCCCGUCGUAACACCACACGCAGUCCUGCCAAAGACCCGAAAGGCUUGUUAGACAGGGACAGCAAGCCAAAGCUGUCACACCUCAGAGACCAAACAGAAGAUGAUGUCAGAUCCCCCUCUUCAACAUCAGAAGAUGAUGACAGUGAGAAGAAGCAGCAGAAGAAACUGAACCAAAAGAGGAUUAGAAGAAAGAUCUCCAAGUUCUUCAGGUUAAAGUUGGAGAAAGACAAGGAGAAAGAGGAACAUGGGUCUCAUCCUCAGAGGCCUUGCACAUUGUCAUUCACCACAGAAGAGCCUAAACCAACCAUCGUCUCUCCCAACCACCCUCCUGAGUUCUAUAAUGAAGUAGCAGAGAAGCUGGACAAGAUUGCCCAAAGGUCCCACAGUAUAAAGAAAGUGAAUCCCACCGCCCAGUCUUCCCCAGGAGUGUGUGAUAAAGAGGCAGUGGUGCAGCAGCUUGUUAAGGUACUCUCCUUGGAGGGAGAUUCUAUCAACACUAAGAUCCAGUCGGACCCCUUUCUGCGCUCCAGCUUGAUUCGUCUUUCCUAUGCAUCAUUUGCCAAUCUUCUAGACACUUUCAGUAGUAGUCAGGUAUCUGAGGCCCCAGCCCUGCUGCCAACAGCUAGUCCAACACUGCAACGCAUGGCUGUCACCAUGGAGGUAUCACGGCGGAUAGUGACAGCCACAGGAACCCAGCGCAUGCAAGGCUAUGCAGAGUGCUACAUGGAGACCUUUGCCCCCUGGGUAAAGAGCCAUGGAGGAUGGGAGAAUGUGGUAGAUUUGGAGGAGGAUGUGGAGUAUGAUUGAGGACAGUUUUGAUUCCAACUAACCACUGAUCAACACUGAACAUUGGAUUGGAUUGACAUCAAAGUGAAGAGAGACAGUUGGACCUUACUCUACUUUCCUACAACAAGCUUUCCAUGAACAAGCUUUCCUGCAGUCUCAUAUGGACUGUGAGAAGAGCAGAUUCCAGAAGCCUUAUUGAUUUAUGUUGAUCUGAGCUGUCAGAUCUAACAAUGAUCUGCUGAAAGUAAUUUCGCCAGAGGUUAUUGUUCUACAUGAUCAGAAAAAGAAGCUAUUUGUUGUUAUUGAUUAAUGUAGAUUAUUUUAUGAAAAGACCUGUCAAUCAAUUUGAGAGCAACAGCAGGUUGUACUGUGUUUUGAGUUUUGGUAGUGGGCAGUUUACAUUUGUCAGUUCUCUCUGCACUCCAGUCCUCAUUUUUUCUAUCUCCAUUUCGUGGGGCGAGAUGAGCGUGUUAGCCAGGUGCCCAGAAUUAACAGAGCCAUCAGUUAUCUAGGAUCAACAGUGUGAGGUGCAGAAGCCAAAGCUUUUGGAAGGUGUAGACAUGUACUCCCUAAAAAGUAUACAUUGAAAGAGCUUCAGCUGUGGAUUUCAGUUGUUUGUCUCUGAUAGAACAGAUACACUUCUAUUUUAAUCAAUAAAGCUGUCUUAUGGUACAUAACUACAGUAAUUGUGUGUUGGGCUCUGAGUGCUUCCAAAACGUGGGUGGCCCACCCCCAACAUUAUGCCUGAAUGCCUCCUUUUUAGACACACAAAUUGAACACUUAUUGCUGCUCCUGCUCUGCUGAUGUGCUGCUCACAAUACAUUUCCUGUGUAGACGCAGUGUUACAUGGUUACAUACAGAGUCAAUAGCUGCAUCUUUUCACCUGCAGCACACAGCUUCACUGAGGGUAUAAUACAAAGAUGUUUGGUAAUACAUCCUGGAUCAGUCAGUAGCAGAUGCUAGUGUAGUGACAAGAAUAUUAUCUCUCACUAGCUUCCUACCCAGAAACACUGCCAUGUUUAUUUUUUAUUGUUUUUUAAAUGUACAAUCUGUUAUCCGAUGCAAAUGGAAGAGUCACUCCACCACCAAAACUCAAACCAUUUGAUUAAAACAUUCUAUCACUGUCAAAUUCAUUGGCAGGUCUUGGUACACAAAUGAAGAGUAAAUAUCAACUGAAUCUAAGCUGUUGAUGUUUUCUGUUUUUUCCCCCCAUGGUUUACAUUCAUGUUUGAAAAUAACUGAAAUCUAACGUGUAUUUUGUCUGGUCAAGAUUACUGAUUAUGUUUUUUAUGUCAUGUAACAUGUAUUUAUAUUUUUUUUAUAUGAACUGUCUGUCUGGGGACAUUCUUAAAGAAGCAAUUAUCAGAUACAGUAAGUAAAAAGAAUGGGUACAAGGUGUGUUUUCUUUGUGUAAGGGGAAUGUGAUGUGAUAAGCAUUUGGACUACCUUUGUUUGCAUAAUGAAUAUUUUUUGGUGCAGAUCUCUAAAUCAGGAGUUAAUGGAGUAAUAUUUUGCUAUUUAAAUAUUUUAUUUUUUAUUGAAAUGUUAUUUAAAAUUACAACUUGACAUAUCAGAGAAAGAGAAGAAAGUAUCAAUUUAUCAAUGCAAUAUCUAUUUACAGCACAUAAACAAUCAGCUAUAAGAAUGAAUGGGGCUUAGAGGGAAGUGAGAGUAACAAAAGCGAUAAACAGAAAGCAACAACAACACUUUGGUUGGGGUCAAGUCAACUUAUCAAAGACUUGCCCAAUCUCAAGAAUUCUAUGUUUUUAAUGAUUUUAGGGAACUGACACUUUAAUAGAAACAGGAUUUUUUUCUGGUGAAUUUUCAAAGAAAUAUGUAAUUGCUCUGUUAACCUGCACUUUUAACAUCUGCAUCCAGUUUCUCAAAACACUUGACAGGCCAGAUUUCUGUUUCAAGUUGUCUGUUGAAUAACCUCUGCAUGAUAAAUCAUGUAGUAAAACCUCUAUAGUGGUUAUACAUAACCAAAACUGAAACCACUCCUGAACGCAGGGUGUUGCAAAAUCAUUUAUAUAGUUAUGACAAUACAUGCACUUUUGCUGUGUAUUUACAAGUUUAUUAAUUACAAAGGCAUUUUACAUACUAUUGUCAUGAAAUUUGCACUGUGAGUUGUUAUUAAUGGUUUCAUUAAGUAUAUCUCAAAGAAGAGCACUAACCUACUCUGCAUAUAGACAUGAAUAGUGGAUAAUGAGAGGGGAUGUACUGUACACAAUAUAAAAGAACAAAAGAAAGAAGAUUUAUUUCACUGAUAUAAAUAUUGUCAUGAAAAUAAUUUGUGUUUUUUGGAUCUGUGAUUUUUUU